GAAUUCCGUAGCCAAUAGGAGCGAGCGGAGCGCGUGUCUUGAUGACGCGGUGGGAGCCGCACUCUUGCCUCAGUGUGGAGGAGAGGAGUCCGGCGUCGCCUGGCUUCUCUACAGAAGUUUGCGCUUGGCCUAAUCAGCUGUUAGUGGAAGAUUUUUUUUCACCGUAACAACUCAGAACACCGCGUACUCACCGCCGUGUUAUGGAACUGGACAAAAUGGACGAAAACGAUUGGAAAUACCACGGAGAAGGGAACAAGAGCCUUGUUGUUUCUCACGUCCAGCACUCCAGAGUCCUCCGGCUUUUGAAAUACCCUUCUGAAGAUGCAGAAAACACACAUCAGACGACAGAACAAGCUUUCCAACACAUACUUAAUAUAGUUGAUUAUACCAGAAAUGUCAUGAAGCCCUUGUUGGGGGAGAAAUAUGUACACAGUGGAGAAGUUGUUAAACUCCCAUUGGACUUUGUACGGCAGCUGUCUUUAAAGAUCCAACAAGAACGCCCAGAACUGCGGUGUGAUAAAGUGAUGGACACUUUCAGUGGAUGUGGCCUGUGCCUUCCCAACCUCACCCACCUUUCGCCGUGUCACUUUGGAGAUCGCCGACCUCCUCUGUGUGUAGAAAUUAAGCCAAAAUGUGGCUUUCUACCCUUUUCAAGACACGUUACCAAGGAAUGCAAGCGAAAAGUGUGCCGAUUUUGUAUGCAUCAGCAUUUUAAGCUAGCCAAUGGGAAGUGGAACAGGCUAAGCAGGUACUGUCCCUUGGAUCUCUUCUCAGGGAGCAAACAGCGAAUGUAUAUUGCAAUCAAGAACCUAUUGGAAGAACCACAAAACAAUUUGAAAAUAUUUAAGGGUGGAGAACUGAUAUACAGCUGCAAAGAAGAUGCCAAGCAACAACCAGACUUAAAUGAGCUCGUCCAGCACCUGUGGCCCUACUUCCACCACGGGAACGGCCACCAGUCGAGCAGAACUGUCCUCAGUGAGUUCAUUCAGGUGAUCUGCAGCGCUCUGCUGAGCAGCGGAGACUCCAAUCGCUCCGGAGAACAGAGAAAGAUGCAGCUCGCUGAGAGCAGAGUGCUCUGUGAAGCCAGUCCACUCCACAGAGAUCUGCUACGCAAUGGCAGUCCCGGUCUUCCCAAAGACUGCGUCCUUGCCAAAAUCCUCCAAGCCCAGAUGAUGGACAACCUCGACAUUGAAGGCCUCUACCCACUGUACAAGAGAGUGGAGCAGUAUCUGGAGGAGUUUCCUAAAGAGAGGAACAGAUUACAGAUAGACGGUCCUUAUGAUGCGAGUUUCCUGGAGAAGGUGAAAACGUGUCCUCCUGAAGACGACGGCUCUAUAGAAUAUGCAGUCGGAAAGGUUCUUCAGUACAGAGUAGCAAUGACUGCUAAGGACUGCUCCAUCAUGAUCACAUUUGCACCUUGUGGAGAAGAUGAAAAACUACAGCCACAUUUAGAAAUCCAGCCUACAAAAUCUCGUUUCUCAUUCUCCGUCUCCAUCCUGGAUUUGGACCCCAAACCCUACGAGAGCAUCCCGAACCAGUAUAAACUCGACUCCAAAAUUGUCAACUAUUACCUGAAGAGCACAAAUGCCACACAAGAGCUGACUCCCUCCACCCUUUACACUGAGCGGCAGGACUGCACGCUGCUCUUCCACCCUGUAUGAACCUCACUUUCCUCUCGUCUCUGCACCACAAGCUGCUUCUCAUGUGAACAGUGGCAAAGGCAAAACCUGAACAUGGAAUGCACCAUCUGUGUGUAUUAUUCAUUUGUCCUCCCCCAUUAAGAUGUGUGCCAUGUUUUUGUAAUGAGAAUGUGACUGAACCUUUCAAGGAAUGAAAGGCACAGAGAGAGGAAGGGCAGGGGUGGUCAUGUGACCCACAACAGCAUUCUAGUGCCAAAAGUGGCUUUCUUCACUUGCAUUUUUGCUCAGCAUGGAGUGAUAGUGUCUCUGUGUAGAGACUAAAGUGAUAGUUAACUAACAAAGAUGGAUACUUGAUGUGACGUGAGACUACUACUCCAUAACAUUUAGGUCUGUGACCACUGACAUUAACAGGAUUUACAAUAUGGCCUGAAGGCUGAAUGCAUGUUGAUGCAUUUAGCUCAAUGCCAUAACUUUUUGUACGUUCAGUAAGUACUGUACCAUAGUCAGUUAUUAUUUAUGUUGAGUAAUCAAGCUUCUCAAAUCACCUUUGAGGGGGCUUUUGAAAUAUUUUUUUUUUGGGUUCCAGUUUUAACAAAAAUGCACAUUGCAUGCUGAUGACAGUGUUUAACCACUGCAUGUGUUUGCUGCUUAAUUUGCUCCUAAUCUGUUAUGUUUUUACAAACAUUUUUCCAGUUUUUUUCUUUUACUUUUUUGGUGUAAUCUCCAUCCACCUUAAGUGUAGCACAUGCAGUUACCAAGAAAAAAAAAAUCUGGUAAUCUUGUGCACUACAGAUGCAGUGGAUGUAGUUUAAAAAAAAAAAUUUUUUUUUUUUUUUUUUUUUAAAGGAAAGAACUUAAAAGAAUAAGUGCUAGAGAAAUGCAGUUUUGGAGAACACUGAAUUGAGCUCUUGUUUGGCCCUAAACCAGACUAAGUAGUGGUUAAUAUAGGUUUUACAUGUGGACCAAAGGUAUUCAACAGAAGUUGCACAUAAGGGUAUAGCGAGCCAAGCAGGCACUUUCCAUAAUUGAGCGACCUAAAGGAGUUUGUUAAAUUUUUAAUGGCUUGUUCUUUAUUAUAAAGUAGUUUAACGAGUUGCCUGUGGCUCAGUACAUAUGUCUGACCCAUUUAAUUACAGCAGAAAGCACAGCGUUUACUAUAGCCAAAUCUUUUAUAGAGACAAACGUAAACUUUCCAAAUGUCACUUCUUGUAUCUGACCACUUUAACUCAACACUAUACAUCACAUUCAAGGACUUUGUGCACCUGUGCUCGUAGUUGAGGGGCGUAUCAGCUUAUAAAUGCCAUCCAUGAUCAUCCACAGAUGCAUCAUUGCUUUGGCCAGUGCGAUAUAUAUAUAUAUAUAUAUAUAUAUAUAUAUAUAUAUAUAUA